AUGGCCUUCAGGGAUCAGUUCCAGGAUCUUGGAAUCAUUGGUCGAGGAUCAUUUGGAUGUAUCCGGAAAGUCCGGCGAAAGGCGGAUGGAAAGGUGUUUGUGAGGAAAGAGAUAUCCUAUAUGUCAAUGAAUUACAACGAGAUAAGGCAGUUAGCGUCCGAAUUCCGUAUCUUGAGGGAAUUGCACCAUACAAAUAUUGUUGAGUAUCUGAACCACGAAGACGUAGAGGACCAACAGAUGCUCUAUAUAUACAUGGAGUACUGUGAUGGAGGAGAUCUCAGCAAACUAAUCAAGAGAUACAAAGACAAUGACGAGUACGUUCCAGAGAAUUUAAUCUGGCAAAUAUUCACUCAGGUAUUGCUGGCACUAUAUAGAUGCCAUUAUGGCGCGGAUAUUGAGCCUGUGCAGUCUGUGUUCACGUCCAGUCCCGAGAUAGGGCCUAGCACUGUGGCCAACUUUCACGUAGUCAUCCACCGUGAUAUCAAGCCUGAUAAUGUAUUUCUUUUAAGCGAUGGAUAUACUGUGAAGCUUGGCGAUUUUGGCCUUGCUAAAUGCCUUUCGUCCGCGAGCGAUUUUGCUAAGACCUACGUGGGUACUCCAUACUAUAUGCCCCCUGAGGUGAUCAUGGAUCGUCCAUAUGACCCUGUAUGUGACGUGUGGUCACUUGGGUGUGUAAUGUACGAACUAUCCUCUCUACGGCCACCAUUUCAGGCAAAAACGCAUCUCAAAUUGCAAGAAAAGAUUAAAGCGGGUGUGUUUUCAUCCAUUCCGGAGCAUUAUUCUCAUCGUUUGAAGAUGUGUAUAAGUGCCUGUCUUAUCACAGAUCCAAGGGAACGUGCCACAGUAAACCAGCUACUCCAGGAUUCAUCGUUCAAGAUAUACAGAAAAGAAUGGGAGCUGGUUGAGAGAGAAAUGAAAUUGAAGGAGAAGGAGAAAGAGGUGGUAGUGUUAGAGAAAGGACUCAAAAAGUACGAGAAGGAACUUGACGAGCAGUGUAGAGUGAUGAACUUAAAGAACGAGGAAAUUCGUAAUGGAUAUAAAAGGGAGUUCAAUUAUGUGUUGGAUAUUGAACUCAAUAAGAUCUUAAGUGAGCUACCGACCCCAAUUAGGCAACAACUUAUGAUGAAGACUAAGGAAAAUCAGGCGCCCCAACGUCGCAGCACUUCUCCCCCUACGUUAGCAAGUAAUAAAUUAAAGGGGCCUCGUGAUCUGCAGGACUAUACAAAUCGCAUAAUGAGGCAGCCCAGUAGGCGAUAG